AUGCCUAUCUACGAAAUCAUUCACGCAGUUCCUCUUAGCGAGAAACAGCAAGAUGAGCUAGCCGAAGCGAUCACUAUUAUCCAUACCACCGCAUUUGGUGUGCUCCGGUUAUUCGUUAAUGUUAGGUUCGUAGACGCUUCACGCGUGAACACUUACAUUGCUGGCAAACGACGCAAAGCGAACCACAUCCGGGCUACCGUCCGCUUAGGCUCACGUACCAAUGAAGGGUUCUUGUCUCUCUGUAAAUCUGUUGAGGAAGUCUGGAAUCGGAUCGUUUAUGAGCCUGCACAGAGAGAAAAUUCACUUGUCCCCGAACAGAAUCGAUACAAGCUACAAACCCUGAUUGUAUCACCGGUCAACCUCAUUGGGUUCGAGGCCGGCUUUGAGUUACCCCUUGGCGGAGAGGAUGGGAAUUGGCUGACAAAGCAUUGGAAUGAGUUUCGCCAAAAAGCAAGCGAGGGAGACGAAGAUUUUAUUCAGGUGGUUAAGGAAGUCGAAGAACGAGGUCUUCUGAAAUAG